AUGGGGGACUCAAAGCUCUGUCUUUCUCUACUCCUUACCAUACUUGCCUUGACUUAUGCACAAGAGGAGCGCUCAACCUGCCUGAUCAACACAAGAUACCAAGUGAACAACAAAUAUGAAUACAUGUACAAUGCCGAAUCUUUGAAUGCCAUCAAUGGUGCCUCAAAUCUCAGGAAUGGACCCAGGGUCAUGUGCAAGGUUGAAAUUGAAGUACCUCAGACUUGUAGUUUCAUCGUCCGCACCAUAGGCUGCGUCAUGGAAGAGGUGGUCGGCGUGAAUGCAGAGGGCGAACCCGUGUUUGCUCCUGCUGCCGGCUCUGAGGCCUUCACUGCAGAAAUGGAGAGAUAUCCUUUGAAGGUUGUGGUUGAGGGUGUGUAUGAUGUGAAGCUGUACCCAGAGGAAGGUGAGACAACGACCAUCCUGAACAUCAAAAGGGGCAUCAUCUCUGCCCUGGCAGUGCCUCUGGAGGAAAAAGAAAAAAAUAAGAACAUGCCCACCAUCCACGGCAAGUGCAAAACCCACUACAAUGUCAACUCAAGGGACGAUGCAGCUGAAGUUGAUCUUACCAGGGAUCUAUCCAAAUGUGACAGAUUUGUCCCAACGAGAGAUCAUGUCAGCCCCUUGGCACUCAUCUCUGGCGUGCACUACCCUCUUUCCAAGCUGAUCGGAAGCACGCAGACGUGCAAGUACAAGUUCCACAAUGAGAAGAAACACAUGAUGUCUGGCUCCUGUACUGAGAAGCACAUCCUCAUACCCUUCUCACACAAAGGAGAAUAUGGAGUUACUAAUGUUGGAAAGCAAGAACUGAUGCUGGUUCAAAUAACACCCUAUGACAAUGAAGACUUUCAGCGCGGUGGAAUUGUCAAGGGUCUUCACAUGGAGAUUGUCGAGGACAAGAGCGUGAUUCAGGAUAAAGAUACUGGUCUGAAACUCCUGGGAGAACUGGCAGUGCUGCCUGAGACAGAGGGUGACAGAAGGGCCUAUCUUUUCCAAAAGCUCGUCACCAUGGUUCGUGGCAUGAAAUACGAGACUCUGAGUCCUGCCAUUCCCAAGGCUCUUGCAGUGUCCCGUGUGCUGACCUACCAGGUCCUGGCCCAGUGCGGGACCCCUGAGUGCAGCAGUGCCAUCAUGCAGAUCUUCAGGACUCUUGAUACAUCUUCACUCGAGGUUGAUGCUGGUGUGUUUGCAAUGGGACUGGUGUCCAAUCCUUCUCCUCUGCUGAUCAAUGACAUGCUGGAAAUGGCCAAAUACAAGCCCAGCAAGCCCAUCAUGUAUGCUCUGAGCAACGUUGUCAAGAGAUACUACAAAUCAGAGGAAAAACUGAUCCCUGAGAUUUACUCCGUGGCUGAGUUCAUGGCUGCCAGGUUGGGCGACUGCACCGGUGACCAGGAUACCACUUUCAUGACAUUGAGGGUUAUUGGAAACAUGGCUGCUGCUGUCGGACCUGCCAGCCCUGCUCUCAGAGCUGCUGUGAUCCAGUGUGUGAACAAACCUGAAGCUUCCCUGGCUGUGCAGCAGGCUGCCAUCCAGGCAUACAGGCUCACCCCCGUUCCUGAAGAGGGCAGAGAGGUUCUCAUGCAGGUGCUUCUGGACGGUGCUAGCCCCAUGCAAAAGCGUAUCGCUGCCUAUCUGGUUCUUAUGAAGGAUCCCAGGCUCACUGAACUGGAACAGCUGGCAGCUGCUCUUCCCAUUGAGCAGGACCAACAAGUCAAGAGCUUUGUGAUCUCCCAUGUCACCAACAUUUUGUCCUCAACUGAGCCAGAGACCCUUGAACUGAGGCAGAAGAUUCUCAAUGCCCUUCAGGGUAAUGAAAUUGGGCCCAUGAUGGACCCCACCAAGUUUUCAGGCAACUACAAGAUCGGAUCUGUGGAGGGUAACAUGCUCUUUGAGGGUACCAGCUACCUGCCAAAGGAGGUCAUGCUUGAGAUGACUCUGAAGGCUUUCGGCUAUGAUACUGACAUGAUGGAGAUUGGCAUGCAAGGUAAAGGAUUUGAGCCAACCAUUGAUGCCCUGUUUGGAGAGGAUGGGUUCUUCCCUGACACUGUCCUGAAGACAAUGUACUUCGUUUCUGACAACAUGCCAACCAAAAUCAAUGAGAUCCUGAGGAAUGUGAUGCCUGCCUUGAAGAGGGACAGAAUGAAGAGACAGGCACCUCAGAACCUGAUGAGGGACAUUGGUCGCAACAUCAACAAACUUGUGAGGGAACUCAAGACAGCAGAGUCUCCUGAGGCAAUGGUUUAUCUGAGACUAUUAGGAAAUGAACUGGGAUACCUGAAGACUGACGAAAUCACAGAUAUGGCCUACUCUGCUGCCCUAAUGAUCGACAAUAUGUUCAAGAUGUUCCCUACAGAUCUAAUGAAGGCUCUCAUGACCAAGACCGACAACACAAUCUUUGCCCACUAUAUCUUCAUGGACAAUGAAUUCUCCCUGCCAACUGCCACUGGUGUGCCUCUGAGGAUUGCCCUGUCUGGUACCUUCACCCCUGGCAUCAAAGGUGGACUUAAGAUUGCUCCUGACAUGAGUGAAGUCAGCUUCAUGCCCUCUGCUGGCAUAGAGUUUGACACGCACAUUGGUUCCUUCAUCCCUGAAUACGUCAACUCUGGUUUGGAAAUGCACACCAGCAUCUUCCACGAGAGUGGUCUCAGUGCCAAGAUCUCCAUGGCCCGUGACAACAUCAAGCUGACCAUCCCUGCUCCAACAAGUCCUACAAAAGUCAUCAAAAUGACAAACACCCUGGUGGCAGUAUCUGGAUCAGCUGAGAUGAUGAUCCCCCCUGCAGUGACAGACAAGGUUGAUGUAAGUGAGUGCACACUCUUCUUCACUGGAAUGAAAUACUGCACUUCUCUGCAGUACAUUGAUGCUUUCCAUGAGGAGACACCUUACUUCCCCUUCACUGGAGACAGCAAGUUUGCCAUUGAACUCCAUCCAACUGGUGAAGUCACUGAGUACACAGCCACUCUUUCCUAUGAGCUCCUCAGAGAGGGAGAAGAGGGCCGUCAGAAGGUUGACUCCGUGAAGGCUGUUCUGAAAGCUGAGGGUGCAGAGCCCACUGAAGCUGCUGCAAUCUUGAAGUAUAACAGAAGGAAGAAUGUCCUCACAGCUGACAUCCAGAUCCCAGAUUAUGAUGUCGAGGCUGGACUCAGGCUAGGUGUUGUUGAUGGAAAUACCAAGGGCAAAGGAACUCACUCCAUCUCUCUUGACUUAAUCAACAAGAACAUCCCUCAGCUCUCUCUGGUUGGCCGUGCCAAACUUCUGGCCAUGAAGGAUGCUAUGCUCCAAGUCCAACUACUCGUCCCUUCAAUCAGUGCUGAUGCCACUGUCACCACAAACCUGAAACGUGAUGAAGACAUAGAGUUAGCACUCAAGAGUCAAAUCACGGUCAUGGAUGCCACAUCUGAGCAGAAAAUCACAAUGAGAUAUGGCGCCAGAAAGAUGGAGGUUGAAUUAAAGUCUGACGUAAACUCAGACACCACAGGUAUCUCUCACUACGCUGACUACAUCAAGAAGUAUGGCAAUGACAUUCUUGAGUUGCAGGUUGGGGAGACCGAAAAAACAGUCAGUGAAAUGCUCAAGGAAUUUAUGAAGGCAGUAAACAACCACAUGGAAGUGUAUGCUGCUGAUAUCCCUUAUAUUCAGAACUUCAGAGUGCCUGACAUGCCUGAGAUUUCCCUGCCUGAGAAAUUAUUCCUCAACACUGAGGCAAAGGCUGUCUACUACUUCAACAACGAGCGAUUCACUAUCUCCCUUCCUCUUCCUCUUGGUGGAAAAUCAACAGAAGAUCUCAACUUCCCACCAGCUUUGACCACACCUGCCAUCUCUCUGCCCCAGUUUGGACUGGAGAUUGUUUCUGUGGAAAUUCCCAUCCCAGAACUCUUUGUCCCUGAGAGCUUUACUCUAGCUAUUCCUCUUUUUGGAAAAGCUGAAGUUUCAGCUCUGAUGAAGAGCAACCUCUACAACAUGGAGGCCUCUGUGGCUGCAGGCAAAGAUGUUGUUGAGACACCAAGCUACUCAGCUAAGUUUGAUGUGACAGGAACCUCCCCAAUUGACGUUCUCUCAGUAAAUCUAAAAGGAUCUGGAAUGCUGGCCACCACUGAAACCAUCAAGGCCCAACUUAAAGGUUCUCUUGCCCACAAAUUCAUUGAGGCUAGUGUUGAUAUACUCGAAGAUGCCAUUAUCGCAGACAAAAUCAAUUUGAGAUCAAGCUUCAAGGUUGAUGCAACAAGCCCCCUUGGUGUCAAAAUUGCACUUGAGCACACUGGUAUGGCAGGAGUCAACACUGAAGAAAUCUCUGCUGAUAGCGACUUAGAGGGAACAGUGACAGUUGGACCCAUGAAUGGAAAGGCCAUUGCAACUCAGACAUUCGCCAUUUUCCCACUCAAGCCAGAAGCAAAGAUUGAUUCCUCUGUUCAGAUUGACUCCACACUUGUCAAGGCCCAGAACACCAUUGCAGCAUCUCUUGCCAAUGGUGAACUGUCAGUGAUGUCAAACACCAAUGCCUUUGAAGACACUCUGACCCAUGUUGCUGAGCUUUCAUUUAAAGACAGCAAGCUGUCUCUGAAAUCUGAUGCCAAUGCCAUGCCUCUUGGUAUUAAGGUCCGCAACCAGGCUGAGGCCUCUGCUGGUGCAGGUGAAGUCCUGCUGAGAAUGGAGACCAAUGCAGACUACAGUGAAAACCGUGUUUACUCUCUGCAGACUGCUUCCCUCAACACCAACGGUCUGACUGUGAACAGCGACGCCACCAUUAAGAUCCUUGAGAAUGAGGCAACUCACAAGGCUACUCUGACAAUGAACAAGGAUGGUCUGACCACAAGUGGAUCCAACACUCUUCAGAGCCCCCUUACAUUGGAGAACACAUUCAAUGCUGGCUUAGAUGCUGCACAGGCCUCUCUGUCUAUUACCAACAAGGCUGUUUUGAGCGACAUUAAGGUUGAUAAUGCAAACACUCUGACAAUUACUCCAGCCAGCCUUGACUUCAGCUCAACGGCUGAGGCUGCAGCAGGUGAGUAUGCUGCUUACACUCAUGAUAUCACCGUUGCUCUGAAAGACUACACAGCAACUGCCAAUGUUAACAACAACCUGAAACUUCUGGAAGCCAACCUCAUCAAUGAGGCCAAGCUUCAGGCAGAGCUCUACAAAAUCGAUCUCACUGGAAGCCUGAAAGCUGUGUAUGGCGAGGAAGAGAUCAAGCACCUUUAUGAGGUGAAUUACGCUGAUAUGGCAGCACUUGCAAAAUGCAGCACUACUGGAAAACUCCUUGGAACUCACAUGAACCAAAACACUGAGAUUGAAGUUAUUGGCCUUGCUGCCAGGAUCGCCAACGAUGCCCGCUUCAACUCACAGCCAAUGCGCUACGACCACACCAUCCGUGCCAGUGUUGUGCCUUUUGAUUUCAACCUUGAUGCCAUCGUCAAUGCUGACGGAGACAUGACCAUGUAUGGCAAGCACAGUGCUCAGCUCUACGGCAAGCUCCUCCUUAAAGCCCAGCCCCUGGGACUGGCUAGCUCACAUGAAUGGAGAGCAUCACUGAACCAGCAGCUGGAUAAUGGUUUCACCCUUGAGACAACAUUGGACAACAGCAUGGUCAAUGUUUUGUCACUCCAAGAACAAAAGAGCAGUUUUAGAUUGAAGUCUAAAGUUAACGACCAUAUCUUCAAUCAGGACUUAAGCAUUUACAACACUGCUGAAAGAACAGGUAUUGAGGUUUCUAGCAACAUCCUCACCAACAUCCUCAACAGCGAGUCCACAGAGAACCAGGAAUUUGGCAUCUCAGGCUUCUUCAAAUAUGACAAGAGCACAGACAGUCAUGUAAUUCAGAUCCCUCUUAUUGACCUGCCAGACUUGCUGGAAAAUAUCAAGGGCUUUUUCUUGUCUGCUGGAGAGGCCCUGCAAAGUUUCAUAAACAAUGAGGAGGUAAAGGCAAGACUUCAGGCUAUUCCCAAACAUGUAGAGGACUUUGUAACUCAACUGAAUAUAGAAGAAAGGGUUAUUCAGCUGCAACAGUAUUUAAGUGAUUUUACACAAGAAUACAUGAUUUCCAUGGAGGAUGUGGAAGCCACUCUGAGAAAUUUGAAGGAAACUGUUGAGAAACUGCUGUCAGAUCUCCGUGCUUACGCCAAACACUUUGCUGGUGUGAUUAAGGAGGUUAUUGUCAGCGGCACCCUUCCUGAAACCCUCAUUCAGACAGUCCAGCAGCAGUGGGUUGCCUUCAAUGAACAAUAUGACAUCAAGGCCAUACUUGUGUACGUGAUUGAUGCAAUAGCAGAGAUGGUCCAGCAAACUGACCUGGAAAAACUGAAGGACAGCAGCAUUGCAUUCCUAAAUGAUCUUGAAGCCCAGUAUGAAAUCAAGGCAAAACUGCAGGGAAUAAUGAGUUACUUGAAAGAAAGAACUGAGGCCUUUGAUAUGGAAGUAUUUCUUGCUGAUCUGAAGAAUUACAUUUCAUCUAUUGACCUCAGAGCUCAUGUUGAUGAACUAGUAAGUCAGAUCCCCACUGAGAUGCUCAUAAAUAUGAAAGAUUACAUUAGGGAUGUAAUUCAGAACCUUGACAUUGUAGGUAAGAUCAACACAUUUUAUGCUAACAUCGGGGAGCUGAUUGUGAAGUUUGAGGUUGACAAAAAGGUUCAAGUCAUCUUUGACAAGGUUGUAGAGCUCAUCAAGCAGUUCAAAGUAGAUGAAAGCAUCAGGGCUUUAGCCAAAAUGUUGAUUGAUGCAGACAUCCCCGCAAAGGUCAUGCAAGUCGUCCAGGGCACCAUCGACUACCUCAAAACAACUGAGUUUAAGGAUAUAAUUGCUGAGUUUAAUGUAUAUAUUCACGUUAUUGAGCAGAAAUUGAAUUCAUUUGAUUACAAUGACUUUGUGGCUCGUGCCAAUCAAAUGACAGCUGAAUACACUUCGGUUGUGAAUGACCUUAUCGUAUCUCUUGAAAUCCAAAAGAAACUUGAGGCAUCAAGGGACUUUGCCAUCUUUGUCUUGACCUCUAUCAGAGAUACACUGGAACAACUGAAAGAAAUCAAAAUGAUGGAGUUGUUGCAAAAUGCAAAGGACAUCUUUGACAAGUUUGUGCUGACUUAUCUAAAAGAGUUUGCUGAAAUUAUUAAGCAGGAAAUUGAAAACCUGGACAUAAAUGCUAAGAUUGACUCUUCUUUUCAGUUUGCAAGGAAGUUUUACACUGACUUCAUCACCACUGCCACUGAUAUGCUCACCAGCGCAGCUGAGAUGAUUAAGAGGGUUGCACCUCAGCCGAAAAUUGUCGAAGAGAUAUGGCAAAUCAUCGAAGGCCUUAUAACUGGUCUGAAGAACGCUGAAUUCAACAUGCCAUCUUUCACCAUUCCUCUCACUGAUCUUGUUGUUCCUUCGAUGAAGUUCAGCAUAGACAAUCUCUACCAGUUUGAAGUCCCACAACGACUGGAUAUUCCUGAGUUCACCAUCAUGGGUUUCCACACCGUGCAAGCCAUCAGCAUCUCAAUUGACGACAUUAAACAGAGACUAACUGAACUGAUAGAUUAUCUUCUCAACUGCCAGAUGAAGAUGCUUGAUAUGGGUGCUUCAUAUGGAGACAUGAUCUUGAUUUACAUCCCUUCCUUGCCUGAGUUUUCACUUCCAGAGAUUACAGUUCCUGAGUUUUCCAUUCCUACACUUCCACAAGUUCAAGCAGAGAAACUCACUGAGACUCUUACACUUCCACCAUUCAAGCUGCCAGAAAUUCCUUCUGAGAUCAUGAUUCCAGGAUUUGGUAAACUGAGUUCUGAAGUUAAAAUCAACACUCCCAUUUACAGUAUUAAGAAUGCUGCUGAACUCCAGAGAUCUCUUGAUGUAGAUACUCCUCAGCUGACAGCUUUCCUCACCUCCCAAGGUACAUCUAUCAGCUAUGACAUCCUUAACUUUAACCUGGAUUCCACCGCACGCAUUGCCGUUCCCGAGGGGCGUUUGAUUGCUGCUGAGACCUUUAAGUUCACUCACAGUUUCCUGAUGGUAGAUCAUGAUGUAUCAAUGACAUUUUCUGACUUCACAGCUCAGGUCUCAGCUAAGACCACCAUUAAGUCCACAACAGAGCCUUAUAAUGCCGAGCUUGUAAAUGAAGCUUUCUUAGCCACCAAUGGUGGCCUAUCUGCAACUAUGGACACUUCUUAUAAACAUGUGCUCAACCUACCCAUCAUAGACCUCACUGGUGAAACAUCAGUAACUCAAAAGGCUGCUGCCCGCCAGGAAGGUACCUCUAUCACAUUAACUUUGGGAAAUCAGGGUACUGCCACCCUGAACUCUAAAGAGAAUUCCCACAAAAGUGACCUACAAGUCACAGUCAAUCCACGUUCCAUCAAAUUCAACUUCAACAGCGACACAGAUACAUUUCUUUUAAAGCUGAAGCAAACACUCAGUGCUGACUCUGUCAUCUUCAGCUACUUCAAGUUUGAUAUCCGCUCUGAUGUAGAAGGCCCUGCACUUAUAAACAACCACUUAAUGGGAGAGGUAACUGCUAAUAUGCAUGACACAAAGCUUGAGUUUAAGGCAACCCAUAGCACAGAUUUAAGUGGUAAGGUGAGUGGAGUUCUUAACAAUGUGAUUGAUGUGGUUCUCAGUCCCAAGGAACUUGUGUUCAGCCUGCAAAACAAAGGAAACACAAAGUUUAGUCUAUAUGAUGCCCUGGCUGUCAAAAUUGAUCUGCAAAAUGAUUACUCUGCAACCUUCAGACCCGAUACUCAGCAUAUGAACACAGUAGCUCUGGCUCGUCUUAAUCAGUACAAAGUUUUCUGUAGCUUGACUGCACAUAACAAUGAGCAGGAGGCUGCUAUUCUUGCUGCUGUAGAAGGGGAAGCAAACCUUGAUUUCCUGACAAGGCCCAUCAGCAUUCCUGAAAUUAAUAUUCCAUUUGUUGAUUUAAAUACCCCAGCCAUCAGUGACCUGAACUUGUAUGAGGAGACUGGACUGAAGAACAUUCUAACCACCACUGAGCAGACUGUAAAUGUAGAGGCAAAGGUUGCCCUCAAGAAGAGUCAAGCUGCCCCACUUGCUGAUAUCAUGGGUCUUAUCCAGAUCCCCUCUGUGGAUAACCUAAUCACAGAGCUGUCGUUCAAGUCUGCCAUUAUAAAUCUGAAUGUCAAUGCUGGACUGUUUGCGGAGGCUGAUCUUGUAUUCCGCCUGAGUGCCACCACAGCUUCUGUGUUUGAGAGUUUAAAAGCUAAACUUGAUGGUACCACUAGUCUCAGCAUGAGGAGAGGAAUCAUGCUCGCGAACUCUCUUUCCCUUGAAAAUCAGCACUUUGAAGGAUCCCAUCACAACACAAUCAGUUUGGGCCCUGAGACCCUAGGAACUGCUUUCUCUGUGAAAACAGAAGCAAAGAUUUCCCUGCCUGUACUCAAGCUAGAGGGGAAACAAAAUCUGGUUGCUGACACCAACACCAAACCAACUGCUCUUUCCUACUUCAGAAUCAUGGGUGAUUUUGAUAUUCCAAGCAUUAAGGCUGUUGGAAAGGCUAAGAUAGAUCACAGCGUGAAGCUGGAUGGAUCAUUUGAAUUUGUUUCUAUGGAGUCAUCCACAGUGGCAAAUGUGGACAGCACAAUACUUGAAGAUUGCCUUGUACAGGGAUCACUGGACAGUGAGAUCAAUCUGUAUCUGAAUAACAAUGGCUUACGCUCUGUUUCCAAAGUCAUUGCUGAUUCCAAGCUUAACUAUGGCGAAACCAAAAUCAUUAGCACGGAUAUAAAUGAGAACCUUGAAAUUGAAGCCUCCCUUAGCCGUGUUUAUACAAUGCUGAAAUACAAUGGCAACAACGAGGCAAAUGUGUUCAAUUUCAACACCAAUGGGAGGCAUAAUCUUCAGACAACCAUUGACUUUACCCCAUCUUCAUUAACCACAAAUAUCGAGAUUGAAAUAUCUCAGCCAAGCAACCUGGGUGACCUCUCCCUGUUUGAGAAGACUGUUGCUGAAGUGAAAGCUGCCAAGCAGAAGGUUUCUACCAAUGCCAAGUUUGUGAGCCCACUGUACACUACAACUCUAGCUGCUGAACUGGAUGGAAGCACUCCUGUAUUCAAGGCUGACUUAAAGUCAUCUGCCACUUCUGCCAUUACCUUCUUGGAUUACGACUUUGACUCUUCUGUUACCCUUACCUUUGAGGAUGAAGGCAUAAAACUGACUGGAAGGGGGAUUUUCACCCACAGUGAUGUGACCAUGGACAUUCAACAAAUACUUUCCCAUACACUGAGUAAAGACAAAGUACAGAUAAAGUUACCUUUAUUUUCUUCCCUCUCCAGCGAGUCCCGCCUCACCUUUAAUGUGGACGUAACCAGCCCUGCCUUCACUGACAUGAACGUGCGUUAUGCUGUCCGCAAAGAUGGAAUCAGUAGCACAAUUUCAAUUCCAUCUACUGGAUUCCUCGGCCUUCAGCUCCAUGGCAGGAUCCCAUCUCAGAUGAAUGCCAGGCUUUAUGGACGCUACGCUUCAGAUCCUGGGAGGGACGUUGAUAUUUUCACCAUUCGAGCUUCUAUUAAAGAUACUGAUAGAAUGAAACUGAAGAUGCUAAUCAACACGGAGGCCCCUGACAUCAUGCUUAGUGGAUUGCAAGAAAGACUUCCUGCCAUCACCUCCAGUCUAUCUAGCUUUGCUGACAAAUACCACCUUUCUACACAUGCUGCUCAGCUGAAGAACAUUGUAAUCUAUUACACUGGGGAAGCCUACAACAUUGCAAAUAACCACACCCCAGAUAUGAGCCAGGUGUCCAUCCUCUUUAGGAACACUAUUGUUCAGUACCAGAGAACUGCUCAGGUAUUCCUGGAUGCUAUCAUCAAUUUCCUGAGGGAGACCCGGGUGAAACUGCCUGGCUCUGAGGAGAUGACCCCUCUGAUUGAGGUGCUCAAUAAAAUGACCACUAGCAUUACUUAUUGGCUAGAAAAGGCAUUGAUCUUGAUGGCUGAUAAUGCAGACAGUGCUUUCAAUGUUGUAAUGGGCACUAUCAGUAAGAUACAGGUCAAAAUGCCCAUUGGUGACGUGAUGGCCAAUGCAAAAAUAUUUGAUGAGAUAAGGGAGAGGGUAAGAACAUUUACUGAGCUUGUUAUGGAUCGUUUGAGAAAUCCAGAGAGUCUGGAUAUCUAUCUGCUGAAUCUGGGUGACACUUUAAAAUUCUUCGUAGAAAAAGCUCAAGACUUUGUUGACAACACCUUUAAGUCUGAUUACCUUGACGCCAUUGCCGUCUACAUUAAUGCAUUCUAUGAGGAAACUGCCAAAUUAAUGAAAACAAUCACUGAGUAUGCAAACACAGCUUUGGACGUGGAGUUUUUAAAGAGCACCAUUGAUUACAUUCUUGAUGUGGUCAGAUCUACAGUGAAUCAAAUCAACAAAACCAUCUCUGACUAUCUGCAACAGGCCCCUGCUCAGCUGCAAUUUUAUGCAAAAGUUAAAAAUGGAAAGCUUGAGAUAAAUCUGUGA